AUGGCGAUCAAGAUAGCAGACUACCUCUUCACCCGCCUUCGUCAACUGGGCGUUGACUCCGUCUUCGGUGUACCAGGCGAUUAUAACCUCCGUUUACUGGACUACGUGGAACCUGCAGGUCUACACUGGUCAGGCAACUGCAAUGAGCUGAAUGCUGCCUAUGCUGCAGAUGGAUAUGCUCGCAUCAAGGGUCUUUCGGCUUUAGUUACUACCUUUGGUGUUGGAGAGCUCUCGGCGAUUAAUGGAAUUGCCGGUGCGUUCACUGAAAAGGCGCCGAUUGUUCAUAUUGUGGGAACACCGCCACGACCGAAACAAGAAGGGCGAGUUCUUGUGCAUCACACCCUCGGAGAUGGCGACUAUCGGCAUUUCGCAAACAUGGCCGCACAUGUGACAGUUGCGCAGGCGAAUUUGACAGACCCACGACUCAUACCUGACCAGAUUGACUGGGUGCUGAAACAAGCGAUGGUGCAUAGCCGACCUGUCUACCUGGAGGUACCGGAUGAUAUGCCCGAUGUUUUUGUCGAAGCCAAGAACCUUGAGACUGCGAUCAAGCUCGAAUCUGCACACCAGAGCGAAUCUGAAAAGGCUGCUCUGCAACAAGUUCUCAAAAAAAUAUACAACGCCAAGCAGCCAUUGAUCAUUGUUGACGGAGACACUAGAGCCAUGGGUAUCACGGCCGAAGCCGAAGCAUUGGUCAGAAUGACAGGUUGGCCGACGUGGACCACCGCAUUCGGUAGGGCUUUGAUUAAUGAACAGCUUCCGAAUGUCUACGGCAUGUACACUGGUCCAUUCGGUGACGCAGUGUGGAAACAGUACCAUGAUAAGGCUGAUUUAAUUAUAAUCCUGGGACCUCACUAUAGCGAUACCAAUACUUCGAUAUUCACAACCCUUCCCAAUCCAGCUGUUUCAGUCACCUUUUCGAUAAACACCAUUCAAAUAGGCGACAUUACUUACCGAGACAUUUCCAACAAGUCUCUUCAGCGACUGAUCGACAGUCUAGAUGGGUCACAUAUCCCUGGGGCUGUCGGCCCUCCUAGGCCGGUUAUAACGGAGAAAGCUCUAGAUCCAUCUGGCUGCAUUACACAAAAACACUUCUGGCAGAAGGCUAAUCGUACCUCUUCAUACGGGAGCCAAACUUUCUCACUUCCCAAAAACACCCGUCUUUUCAACGCGAUCACCUGGUUGUCAAUCGGAUAUAUGCUUCCGGCCACGUUGGGAGCUACAUUAGCACAGCGAGAUCGAACGAAGGACGACAAAACACGGGCGUUUCUUUUCAUUGGAGAUGGAAGUUUGCAAAUGUCAGUGCAGGAGAUCAGCACUAUGAUUCGGGAAAAGUUGAAUAUCAUCAUCUUUGUUAUUAACAAUGGUGGGUAUACUAUUGAGCGUGCAAUUCACGGGAGAAACCAAAAAUACAACGAUGUUGCGUUGUGGAGGCAUACUCAAGCAACAAGUUUCUUCGGAGCGGACGAAAACCACGCCAAACACAAUAACUUUGUGAUUAGAAACUGGGGAGAUCUAGAAGAGGUAGUGAAAAGCGAAAACGUACAAGGGGGCAGUGGUGUUAGGGUAGUCGAGGUGUUUAUGGAAAGGGAUGAUGUGCGAGGAGCUUUAUUACCACUGAUGCAGGCUCGGAUUGCGAAUGGCGACUAG